ACCAUGAUGAUGAACGGGAGCGUCUGCGGGGUCUUCAUCGGAGCCGUCAUCCUCCUAAUUCCUCACGGACUACCAGUUCAUGGCCAGGGGGAUUCAUUAUCUGACAGCCAAGUACUGGAAAAUAUUACAGUGAGGCAAGGGGAAACAGUCUUUCUCAGGUGCUUGCAGGGUGAUGCAGUGACUCGCACGGCCUGGCUGAACCGCUCCAGUAUUUUGUAUGCGGGGGAGGACAAGUGGUCGGUGGACCCAAGAGUGAGCCUGGAGGUGCUGAGCAGAGGAGAGUUUACCAUCAGGAUCGAGGACGUGGACAUGUACGACGAAGGGCAGUAUGUGUGCGCGGUCCAGACACGGAGCAGGCCCAGGACGACGUCGGUGCACGUCAUUGUCCAGGUUCCUCCCAAAAUCACAAAUGUGACAAAGGACAUGAGAGUGAAUGAAGGAUCCAGCAUUGCCCUGAUGUGCUCUGGCAGCGGAAGGCCUGAGCCCUCCAUUACGUGGAGGAUCCUGUCUCCAUCAGCCCGGGGCAUUGUCUCACAGGAGGAGUACCUGGAAAUCCCAGCUGUCACUAGGCAGCAAGCGGGAAUUUAUGAGUGUUCUGCUGUCAACGAAGUGUCUGCAGAUGUGCGAACAUUGCAGCUGGUUGUGAACUUCCCCCCGUCUAUGUCAAAGGGCAAAGAUGUCGGCGUUCCCCUGGGGCAGCGAGGUGUUCUUCAGUGCGAGGCCGAAGCAGAGCCUGCAGCGGAGUUCGAGUGGUACAAAGAUGACAGACGGAUUGUCAGCAGCUUAAACGGCAUUGAGAUAGAGAACGUGAGCAAGUUCUCGAGACUCACCAUCUUUAACGUGUCGGAGGAGAACUAUGGCAACUACACAUGUGUUGCCACCAACACACUUGGCAGCGCAAACACAAGCAUCAUCGUAUUCGCGAUAAAGGUAACUGAGCCCACUAGCUCGACAUUAUUGCAAGUGCAGGAUGGGAACAGGAGCACCGCCACGGCACAAGCCUCCAUCUGUCUGCUUGUCGUCAUCUCCGUUCACAUCUUGCUCCACUUCUGAUGUCUCCAGUGUUGUGAGAAGCAGAGUUCAUUCUCUUCUGGAAGCAUAGACUGCAGGACAGUGUCUGCUGAGCAAACCCGUCUGCUCGGGUCUCAUUAGUAAAUUAACGAUAUCGACUGCGUGGUUCUCUUCAAAUGUUAAAAUUAGAAUGAUGAUGAUGUUAUUACUGACUGCACGUAUCGUGUACAAAAAGUAGAAUAGCAGCUUUGGAGAUGAAGUCAUAUGUUUCAAAUGGAUGUAAAUGUAAUGUAAAUGUUAAAUUGGCAGUAGCAUUUUCCAUACUGUACCUGGUGCCUGUUGUGUGCGAGUGUGUGUGCGCAUGUGUGUGUGCGCAUGUGUGCGUGCGUGCGUGCGUGCGUGUGCACCAGUAGCAGUGAUGAAAUGGUGACUGGUGUGUGAUCUAUACUCACAAGGCACUUGAAGGAUGAAAUAUACUAUGUUGGAGGGGGUUAGGGUUACAGUUGAUGCUGAACUUGCACACCACUUCAGAAUAUGACUUUGCACAAAGAUAUUAAUAGCAUUAAAGCUAUUUUUCAUUGGAUUAUUACCAAUGAUUUUAACUGUAAAUUUGUACCUCCAGUGCAGUAUUUUGUAUAUUUUGUCUUUAGCUGUUCAACUAAAAUGCUCAUGCAAUGCAAACGCUGUGGCCUGAUGCAGAGGAAUGACGUCAACAACGUUAUUGUUAGUAUGUGACCUCACAUGGAGACAUGGAACAUGGGAACAGUUUGCUCUG